AUGAGCUCCCCUUCGAUAAGCGUGGCACAGCGGCGUAAAAAUCCAUUUGGUCGAAAUUCCCUUUCUCCUUCCCCGGCACCACGAGAAACUGCUGCAAUGAGAUCUGGCAGGCCCAAAUCCGUUGCGUUUGCGUCACCGGCUCAAAUGCAUCCUGCAGGCCAUACCCGGACGUCAUCCUUCGCCCCGUUGAACUCGAGCACGUUUGCAGGUUCCCUUGAUAGGCGGCGGUCCAACUCCGUGCGAAACAACACUCCAGCGUCGGGUACUUUUGCACCAGAGUUUAUCAGAUCUGAAGAGCUGCGAAGAGGCGCAGAUCAGAUACGAGGCCAAGAAGGAGAUAAUGACUUCUCCGGGAAGAGAUAUGUCUGGCUUAAAGAUCGCGAAAAGGCAUUUAUCCGUGGUCUCGUCCUCGAGGAGAUGGAAGACGGCUUGUUGAUUGUUCAAUGCGACGAUGGCAGCCAACGCCAAAUAAAUGUCGAGAACGUCGACAAAGUUAACCCUGCAAAAUUCGACAAGGCAGAUGACAUGGCCGAGCUGACACACCUCAACGAAGCUUCCGUUGUCCACAAUUUGCAAACCAGAUAUCAAUCAGACUUAAUAUAUACAUACUCCGGACUAUUCUUGGUCACGGUUAAUCCCUACUGCCCGUUGCCGAUCUAUUCGAAUGAGUAUAUCAAACUGUACAAGGGCCAAAGCCGGGAGGAAACAAAACCACAUAUAUUUGCGAUGGCCGACGAGGCUUUUCGCAAUCUCGUGGACGAGGGAGAAAAUCAAAGCAUUCUUGUGACGGGAGAGUCCGGGGCUGGUAAAACAGAGAAUACCAAAAAGGUUAUUCAAUACCUUGCAGCAGUUGCCGCAGCGGACUCGAAGACGGGUCCAAAGCAACUCUCCAACCUUUCACAGCAGAUACUAAAAGCCAAUCCAAUUCUCGAAGCUUUUGGCAAUGCUCAGACAGUGAGGAAUAAUAAUUCUUCACGCUUUGGAAAAUUUAUUCGUAUCGAAUUCACCAGCUCUGGUCAAAUAUCGGGGGCGUUCAUAGACUGGUACCUCCUCGAAAAGUCUCGGGUUGUAAAGGCGAACUCUCAAGAACGCAGCUACCAUAUAUUUUAUCAGCUCUUGCGAGGUGCAGAUCCGAGAAUAAAGGAGCUUCUUCAUCUCAACGACAUGGACACCGAUGACUUUGCAUAUAUGCGAAACGGAAACGACUCAAUUGCCGGAGUAUCAGACGCCGACGAAUGGAACACGUUGAUGGAGGCCUUUGACGUAAUGCAUUUCUCGGAGAGUGAUCAACUGGCUAUAUUACGCACUAUUGCGGCGGUUAUGCACUUGGGAAAUAUCGUCGUGGGUAAAGAAAGUUCGCGUUCAGACCAGGCUAAACUUCUGCCAGACUCCUAUCCAAGCGUGCAGUAUGCCUGCGACCUACUUGGUAUACAUGUCGAGCCGUUCGUAAAAGGAUUGCUCCAUCCCCGAGUCAAAGCUGGCCGUGAGUGGGUGGAAAAGGUGCAGACACCCGAGCAAGUUCGUUUUGCCCUCGACGCCUUAGCAAAAGGUAUUUAUGAACGGGGCUUUGGUGACCUUGUUACGCGAAUAAACAACCAAUUAGACCAGAGUGGAAUUGGCGGAGAUGAUAGCUGUUUUAUUGGGGUUCUUGAUAUUGCUGGCUUCGAGAUUUUUGAAAACAACAGUUUUGAGCAGCUUUGCAUCAACUACACCAACGAGAAGUUGCAACAAUUUUUCAAUCACCAUAUGUUCGUUCUCGAACAGGAGGAGUAUGCUAGGGAACAGAUCGAAUGGCAAUUCAUAGAUUUUGGGAAGGACCUCCAGCCUACCAUUGAUCUAAUUGAAUUAUCCAACCCAAUCGGUAUAUUUUCCUGCCUUGACGAAGACUCUGUGAUGCCCAAAGCCACAGACAGAUCAUUCACUGAGAAAUUACAUUCACUAUGGGAUCGCAAGUCACCAAAAUAUCGAUCUUCACGACUAAGCCAGGGGUUCAUCCUUACUCACUAUGCGGCGGAGGUUGAGUAUAAGACCGAAAACUGGCUUGAGAAGAACAAGGAUCCUCUUAAUGAUAACGUGACGCGGCUCCUGUCCACUUCAAACGACACUCAUAUUGCAAAUUUAUUCUCCGACUGUGCUGAUGGCGACGAUAUGCGGAGUAUAUCGAAGAGCUGCGUGAAAAAGGGGCUGUUUCGCACCGUUGCACAGAGGCACAAGGAGCAGCUAUCGGAUUUGAUGACCCAGCUUAAUUCCACCCAUCCUCAUUUUGUUCGUUGCAUUUUGCCGAACCACAAGAAAAAGCCGAAAUUGUUCAACAAUGUUCUUGUUCUCGACCAACUUCGAUGCAAUGGUGUGCUCGAAGGGAUUAGAAUCGCCCGCACCGGCUUUCCUAACCGCUUGCCGUUCGCCGAAUUCAGGCAUCGCUACGAGGUCCUAUGCCGUGGGAUGCCUAAAGGUAUUCUGGAUGGUCAAGAAGCCGUACAUAUGAUGGUCGAUAAACUGGGAGUCGAGAAAGCCCUGUACAGAAUUGGUCGGACAAAAAUUUUCUUUAGAGCAGGGGUGUUGGCCGAGUUAGAAGAACAGAGAGACACGUUGAUACGAGAAAUUAUGACGAGAUUCCAGUCGAUCGCUCGUGGGUAUGUACAGCGACAUCUCAUUAACAAACGACUCUAUCGGGCGGAAGCAUCUCGUAUCAUCCAGCGAAAUUUCCACCUCUACUUAAAUCUCAAGUCUUCCCCGUGGUGGACUCUUUUCAUGAACAUGAAGCCGUUGUUGGGUGAAACUCGCAGUGCGAGUGAGGUUAAGAAAAGGGACGAGAAAAUCCAGCAGCUUGAGGCAAAGGUCAAACAAGAUUCCGCCGACAGACAGAAGUUAGAAGAAGAUAGACGGCGAGCAGACGCUGAAAUGCAACGUAUCAAGAAAAUGUUAGAGAGUGAACGGGCCCUGGCCUUGGAUAAGGAGGAGAUCUUUAAACGGCUCCAAUUGCGUGAGGUUGAGCUUACCGAGAAGUUGGCGGGAGCCAUUGCGGACCAGGAAAGCUUAGAGGAUCAAGUUGACGAGCUUAUCGCUGCAAAGAAGAAAACAGAAGAAGAGUUGGAUUUGAGAAGAUCACAACUUGAUCAAGCAGCACAGUUGAUGGGACGGCUUGAGAAGGAAAAGAAAGAACUCCAUGGUCGCAUUUCCGAGCUCGACGAUGAGCUUAAAGCCGUAGAAACCACUCAUCAGCAGCGGGAUAGCGAAAUACACAAGUUGAACCAAGAGAUCAAGGUGCUCAAUAGCCAUUUGAGCUUGAAGGAACGGAAGCUACAGGACUUAGAGGCUAAAGUGCUAAAGUCUGGACAAGACCUAGAUAUCAAGUUGGCGAACACAACCAAAGAGUUGCAACUUUCACAAAGCCAGGUUAAGGGGCUCCAAGAGGAGAACCGCGAGUUCCAGAAACAGAUGAACACCCUAUCAUCGACAUCUACAGACUUCGAACAGUUGGUCCGUAAGAAAGAAAGCGAGUUAUCCAUGCUUCGCAUCGACAUGAAGAAGUAUGAAGCGGACAAAAAGAGCCUUGAGUCGGAGAGAGACAGCCUCUCGGCCCGACAUGGUGAUAUGCAGCGCAGAAUCCAUGAAUUGCAGGCACAAAUAGAUGCCAUGAAAUCAGAGAACGCCAACUUAGAGCGGGAAGCUGCGGAUGCAAAGAAACUGCUUGAAGCUAGAAUCUCCGAAGACGCUCAAUCGGGGCAAACAAGAAAGAUGCUUGAGCAACAAGUUAAGGACCUGAAAACUCAGCUGUACCAAGUGCAAUCUGAACUUAGUCGCGAAAGACAAUCAAGAGACGACGUUCAAAUGCUUGGGGAGCAUAAGUAUGCCCAGCUCAAACAGGAAUACGAUACGCUCAAUGAGUCCAAGAUAACUAUUGAGAAAGAAAUGUAUAUCCAGCAAGAUGCGCUGAGAAGGGCAAAGGAAGCACGAGCCGCGGCGGAAGAAGCUCGAAAGGAAUUGCAAUCGGAAAUAGUCAAGCUGAGAGAACGGAUCACAAGGGCGGAAAGUGCACGAUUGGAUGCCGAAACAGCUGCAGAAAAGAAGUUGAUGGAACAAGCAAACGAUCGUGUAGCCAGUCUACGAAAGGAGCUCGACGCAAAGGUCAGAAAACUCGAAGAAACGGAGGCCGAACGUGCACGACUAGCCAGUCAAGUCCAAAACCUCAGCCAGAUAAUAUCAGAGAGAGAGGACUUCAAAGUUCGAAACGACCAACACAAGGAGCGCCUAGAACGGGAACUGGUCACUGUUAAAGGCAGACUCGUUGCAUCAGAGAAUGACAACCGGGCUCUUCUCAACAAAAUUCAACAGAAGAACCUCGACAUUGCGCGAUCCAAUUCUAGGGCAAGUGACGCACAAAGAACGAGACUAGCACAGGUUCAGGCCGAAAAGUCUCGCCUCGAAGAAGCGAACAAGCAACUCUCUCGGCAAGUGGGUGACUGCCAGCUGACUAUAACAUCUCUGGAGAAGCAAAAGGAGAAGCUUGCGCUUAGUCUGGAGGAUUUGAACCACGAGGUUGCUCGGGAGCAUAAGGCUAGUCGGAAUGCAGAGAAAGCCGCCAGCACGGCAAAUAUUCAGCUGGCAGAGGCUCACCGGAACCUCGAAACUGAGCGACAACUUAAGACACAGGCCCAAGCCAACACUCGAAAACUUCAGGAUUCUCUCGACCAAGCCCAUAAAGAGAUACAAGACUGCCAUCAGCAGCUAAUUCUACUUCAUAAAGUUUUCAAUCCUGAAGUUACAGAGGUACCAGCCUCGUGGGAAGCUGUGAAACCGGAUCUAUCUAAACAGGUUGAGAUCGCGGCAAUUCUGGAAUCCGUUCAGGAGAAUCUUCGGGUCAGUGAAGAAAAGCGCGCAAGGGCUGAGAGCCAGCUGGCCGAAAUGCGUCGUCGCCAUGCGGAUGAGGUUGCAGAAAUUGAUGCACGACAUUGCUCUUCGAAGCGUGCACUUUUAGAAGAGAUUGACCAGAACCAAGUGGCUAACACGAGAUCCCCCGGCCAUUUCCGCAAGAGCUCAGAGCAAUUCAAGCGCUAUUCAAAUCCUUCCACUCCCAACCGUCGAUUCAUGGAAGUUGCUGGUGACUCUGGUCGUUCUGAUCGGACAGUCGAUACAGUAUCUUUCCAGAAGCGGAUGGACCUUGCGGCUGAAGUAGAAAUGCUGCAGAAUCAGCUCCAGAUGUCUGAGAUGCAAAAUCGUCAUCUCCAAAGUCAACUUGAGCGGGUGAAUCCUGCUCGUGAUAUGUGGCAGGAUGAGAGCCCUUCGGUUCGACGAAUGAAAAUGCUUGAGAAAGAAAAUGGUCGCCUGCAUGAGAAACUCGACGAUUCCGCCAAAAAGGUCUCUGCUUUGGAACGAACUAUCCAAUCAGGAGAGCUCACGCUUCGUGAUGUGCAAGCCAAAUCUCACGAAGAACUUUAUGAGCUUCUUAACUCGCAGGAGCAAUCAAGAAAAUCGCUGCUACAGGUUCAUAAGUCCACCCUAACCGACUUGGCCGAGGCGAAAUCUCAGUUUGAGAGACUCAUGCAUGCGAGAUCUAGCCUGGAGGUGGAAUUGAGAGACGUUGCUUCUGAGCUGCACGAGUUGCAUCUCGCUAGAGAACAAGAUGCUGCUAGCCGUAGCCAGUUACUACAGGAAUUUUCUGACCUCCAGAUUCGUCUCGAUGCCGAGGGUUCUAAGGUCGUAGACUUGACAUCCAGCUUGAGUUUGUACAAGAGCCGGGCCGAUGAGUAUUUCAACAAGCUGGAACAAGCCGAGCUCGCUGUCCUCAAAGCUAGUCGAGCGGAGCAGUUUGCAAAGUCGCAAGCAAAAGAGGCCGAGGACACCUGUGCCACGAUCAUGGCGGAACGUAAGGAAAUGGACAGUCUUGUGGAGGAUCUGCAACGGCAGGCACAAUUGUUCGAGGAGAAGGUUGAGGAUCUCUCUGCGGACCUUGAUGCAGCGCUCCAGGCUAAGAGACGGCUUCAAAAUGAGUUGGAGGAUUAUCGCAGUCAGCGAGCAAUAGAUAUCGAGGACAAAGAAGCCUCCAUGGAGCAAACUCGAAAGAAAUAUCAAAUGGAGUUUUCAACGAUCACGAACGAACUGGAAAUUGAACGGGAAAACGUUCUUCAUAUCCGUGGCGAGAACGCCAGGCUUCGCGAAGAAUUGGAAGACCUGCGAUCGAAAUGGGACGAUGAGGUUCUCAACAGUUCAACAUGGGCCAAAGAAAAGUCCCGACUGGAGAUGACGUUGCAAGACGUGUCUAACUCCCGGGAUGAUGCCGUCCGCGCCCACACCGACGCUCAGAGUAAAGUGGUGUCUCUCCUUUCGCAGGUGCGAAACCUUCGGACUUCUGUUGACGAGGCCACCGCGGAGCGAGACCAGGUUAUCAAGGAGAAGAGAAGCCUUGAGGGACGCCUUGCCGAAGCGGCGGAGAGGUUGGAAGACCUGGCUAAGGGCGAGAGUCCGGCCAUGCGGAACGCGGCCGAGAUGGAUCGUGAAUUACUUGAUUUGAAGACAAAAUUAGCGCAGCAAGAAGAUGUUGCGACUGCGGCGGUAGGUAAAAUGAGAAGAGCAGAGGCGAUGGUGACGGAGAUUCAGAAGGAGAUUGUGGCGGAGCGAGAGUCAACCGCCCAGCUGUUUAAAGACAAAGCUGCAGUGGAGAAGCAGCUCAAGGAGGCCCAACUGCGCUGUAUUGACCUGGAGACGAAGGGCUACUCCUCGGCCAGCCAAGACGUAAGGUUCUUGUACAAACGAAUCCAGGAGCUCGAAGCACAGCUUGAUGACCAUGAAUCAAAGCGGAAUGCCGAACAGCGCUCAGUCCGCAAUGUCGACCGCACCGUUAAAGAUCUUCAAUCUCAGAUCGAACGUCGCGAAAAGUUGAACGCGCAGCUGAUGGAGGACAUCUCCAAGUCGCGGGACAAGAUCGAACGACUGCUGCAGACAAUUGACGAGCUGCAGACGAGCGAAUCCCAAAACCAGCUGCAGGCACGCCGUGCAGAACGUGAACUGCGGGAAGAAAAGGAGAAGUCCCUCCGACUGGAGAGGGAGCUGGAGGGAUGGAAGUCCUUACGUAUAGAGAGGGGAAGCGCCAUGGCACGCAGCGGCACAUUUACUGGAUUGAGCGACAUCGGCAUCGGAGAACGAUUUGGGAGUCGUAGAGGCAGUGGGGUAUUUGUGGGGUCCAGCACAAAUAGCGCCAUCGAGGUUCCCCAGAGAAAGGCGAGUAAUACGAAGGGUUUCUUGUAGGUGUCUUUGGCUUUUGUUCGGGGAAUGCCUGCAACGAGUUGCAUCAUGUAACAUCAUUUUUUUGUUUGUUUUUUCCUUUACGGGCGGUUACGUUACGUAGCUUUGCAUGUUAUGUUA